AUUAUUCGAAACUAACCAUUAUAGUCAACUCGCCAACCUUUUAACCGAGUAACAAAAUUCUACAUUCUGAGCAAAAUCCUAAAACAUGGCGGGUUUGUCAUGGGGUCAAUAUUUUAUGAGCACUUCUGGGGCCCAGUAGCAAAUUGGGGGUUACCAUUAGCUGCCAUAGCCGAUGCUAAAGAUAACCCGGAAAAAAUCAGUGGCAAUAUGACAACUGGCAAAUUUGCUUGGAAAGUAACGCCAAGAAAUAAACUUUUAUUUGCUUGUCAUUUAACUAAUGAAGUAACUCAACUAUAUCAACUUGCUCGUUGGUAUGACUUUCACCAUCGAAAAACACCCGAACAACAGAAAGAAGUUAGGAAUUUCUAUUUGAAAAAAGCCGCUGAAGAACGUUUAGCAAAGCAAGCUAAAAAAUUAGCGAAAGCAUCAACAACAUCAUAG